AUGAAUCCUGAAGGCUACUCACAAAACCACCUACCUUAUAUCAUUAUUUUAUUCCUGGAGCUCAGCGCUGGCAUGUUCCUGUAUCUGUUUGUGAUAUACGUGAUUUGUCGGGAUUCCAUCAAAACAAAAACAUUGAGCAGCAGCGACCAAAUCUUGCUUUGUUUGGGCAUCUCCAACACGUUCUAUGGUUUCCUGACGGUCGUCAGUUUGCUGGACUAUUUCUUCAGCCUUGGGAUCUUCUCGAUGAUCCACACCGCUUAUCUUUAUCUCUAUCUGUUGCUUUUUACCAUCAGUUCAUGUGCAUGGCUAUCAGCCAGUCUGGGCUUCUUCUACUUCAUAAAAAUUUCCAAUUUUGGGUCAGGAUCUUUUUCCUGGGUGAAGAAGAAUAUUUCCUCCGUUGUUCCAUGGUUGCUGUUGGGUGAUUUAUUGGUUUCUUUGUUCAGUGGCGCCCUAAGCAGCUUGUUCUUCAUUUUCUCUCCGGCACUCUCUCAUAAUAACACAGGAAGUGCUGUGUCUAUUGUCUCUAUAUUUUCACAAUCAAGAACAACAGUUAUCUAUGGUGUAAUGGCCAAUUCUUUUGGUCCGUUCUUGGCCCUGUUUGCCACUACUUUCUACUCGAUUGUGUACUUGAUGAAGCACAGUUAUCGGAUGAAGAAGAACUUGCAAACCCCCAACAACGAAAGUCUGAGGUCCUUUGACAAAGUUGUGUGGCGCAUGACGCAUUCCUUAUUGUUCUACGGAAUAUACUACCUCCCGAUGGUCAUUAUCUAUUUUACCGUCAUCACGCAGAUGGAGUCUGGAUUCUGGUUAUCCCAAAUUCUUUUCUCAUUAUUCCCCACCGUGCAGGCUGUCCUCCUUGUUCUUGCUAAUCCCAGACUGAAGGCCGCCUGGAAGGACAUGUUCUUGUGUCUUCACCUUCGAGAAAUGUCAACGUGUAUGUAA